AUGAUGCUCUACGAAGGCGAUGUCAGAAGAUGUCGCCGGUGCAAAAGAAGAAGAAUGGACGACGAGCCGCCCGAAGUGCAGCAGUACAAAACAUGCGCCAAGUGCCGAAUCAUUGAGCGCACCAAAAAGAAGCUGAGGAAACCGCUUGCGGAGGAGACAAUGCGCUACGGCAUGCGCCAGUUCCAGGAACAGAACCAAAACGCCAACUUCAUCCACGACGAUAUCUUCGCGUCCGACCAGCUCUUGUCCGACUUGCAAGCUUCGCGCGACGCGGGGAUUGCAAACCCGCUGAAGCAGCUGCUCAACACGCAGUUCGCGUUGCACAAGCCAAGCGCGUUUGCAUCGGCCCGCCCGGCCAACUACAGCUACGGCCAGCCGAGCUUGGCUGCGUCGGCGGCCAGCUCUGCGUACCAGCUGCCGCAGUUGGGCGGCUCUGCCAGCAUGCCGGGCGCCAGCGCGUUGCCCUCGGCUACGGCCGCUGCCAUUGCUGCUGCCGCCAUCAACGGCGCCGACCAGCUGGCACAGAGCGCCAACCGCCAGCAGAACAAGUAUCGCCAGCACAAGCAGAAGCAGGAAGGUGACCGCGCCAAGCUCCCUGCGCCGUCGUCGUGCGAGCUCUGCGGCGGCGCGUUGGACGCCGACGACAACAUGUGCACCAUGUACCGUUUGUGCAAGCUGUGCUACCUGAACCCAUACGCCAAGGAGCACGUGUACAGCGACUUUGACGACUUCUUGCUCAAGGUGGUGAAGGACAAGGACGCAGAGGCCAUGACGUUUAUUUCGGAGCUUGCGCUGCACUUGGUGGAGUCGCUCAAUACGUCCAAGGCCAUCCGCACCGAGGAGCAGUUCCGCAAGGCCAUGAUGGACCUGUUGACUCUGAUCUACGUUGAUCCUUUGAUCGCGCUGUUGACCCCGUUGAAGUUCACGCGCACAUCCAGCAACGUGGGCGAGGUCAACAACACGGCGCCCGUCGUCUCCAAAGUCAGCCAAAAGUACCACUACACCUUGACGCCUCCUUUGAAACAGACAUACAAUGCCACCACCGAAACGGGCACCACGUCGUUGGAAAUGCUUUUCCUCAUAGAGACAAACCUAAUCAUCAUCAAGAAACGUUCCAAGAAGGCUGUGGCCGACUACAGCGUGCCGUUCUUGAAGGCACUCAGCCGCGACAUGAAGGCCAAGGGCUUUACCUUUGACGACGAACCUGCCAAGGUCUAUGCAGAGCUCCAAGUAUCCGACGUGGGCGCCGACCAGUUUGCGCGUGACUUCAAGCUCUUACAAAAGCAAAUCGGCAACAUUCAAAACAACGAGGCUGCCGCCUCAGCCAACAACGGUCAACAUGUUGGACAUGAGCAACUCGAGCACAACGCGUCGGGUGAUGCGGAGUCAAACGAAAAGCUUGAAGACGACGCCGAGGACGACGAAGAAAAAUUCGAAGAUGAAGAUGAGGAGGAUUUGGGCGAAGAAUCGAGCGAGGCAGAGGACCCCGACGACUUGGAUCCUGCUUUUGCUGCCUAA